GUGGCAAGUGGCAAAAUACUAAAAUUUAGAAAUUUACUUUAAUUACUAAAGCGAUAUUUAUAAAACCUGCAAUGUCUGGUUGCAAAAUUACUGCUUCUUCGAUGUCUGAUGAUGGGUUCUGGGCUGCCAUCAAUAUAUUGAUAAACAAACCUCACGUUGUGAAUAAGAGGUUAUGGGGUUGCAAAGUUAUUUGUAAACAAACUUGCUCUCCUUUACUGAAUCCCUGGCUACCUUCAGUAUGUCCUAGAGUAGACUCAUUAAAAGAUACUGAAGCAGUUAUGGAAUGUAUACUGAGUAAAUUAAGACUACAAAGUACUCUCAUAAUGGAUGGCCAACCUGUUGAAGUUACGCUUAUUGAGUUACUCCCAAAAAGCUACAGUGAGCCACAUGCGUUGCAGCUGGUGUGCCAAAACAGAGGGGAUUCCAUUGUCUACUUUUUUGAUGUCACGCCAAUGGGCAUAACACAAACAUUAAGUCCAGAUUUUAGUUUUUCUGUACAAUUGAAAGAGAAAAAUAUAUUCUUAAAAGCUGAAUGUGAUGAAGAUUCAAAAUCAUUUCAGUGGCUGAGUGAGACCAUUCUACCGCAGUUAAUAAAAUGGGGAGAGGAAACUGGUGCUAGGGACCCCAACAAACAAGAAUCUUUAUCCUUAGUGUCCAAUGAAAACUAUUACAGAAAAUAUAAUGAACUCAAGACUAAAUAUGGCAAGGAAAUGGUUAAAAUUUGGCCAGAAUGCACAGACCCAUCAAAAUUUGUUUAUGAAGAUGUGGCCAUCGCCACCUACUUGCUCCUGCUCUGGGAGGAUGAGAGGCAAAUACAAGGAACAGUUGAGAAGCAAACAUUUGUAGAUCUCGGCUGUGGGAAUGGCCUGCUGGUCUACAUACUGGCCAUGGAGGGCCACGGGGGUGUUGGCAUUGACAUAAGGAAGAGGAACAUCUGGGAUAUUUAUCCCAGUAAUGUUGUUCUAGAGGAAAAAACAGUGACUCCUUCAGAUUUGAAUCUAUUUCCGAGUACUGAUUGGAUAAUUGGCAACCACUCAGAUGAGCUGACUCCGUGGAUCCCUGUGGUGGCGGCCAGGAGCUCCUAUACCUGCAACUUCUUCCUACUUCCAUGCUGUGCUUACAAUUUUGAUGGCAGUAAAUAUCAAAGGCAAAAUUCUUCUAAAAGCCAGUACACAGAAUAUCUAGACUACAUCAAGAAGUUGUGUCAAGAAUGCGGCUUUAGAACUGAUACUGAUAGAUUGAAGAUACCCAGUACUAAGAGAAUUUGUCUAGUUGGCAGAGGCAGAACUUAUCCUGAAGAGGACCAUAGUAAAUAUUGCUACAGUAUACAGAAACUAAUCAAUAUAAAUCCUGCAAAAUCUGAUGAAAAGACAGAAAAUUGGAUAAGUGACUUCAAGGCUAGAGAGCCUGUAGAAAGAGUUAGAAAUUGCACUAAAAUUGAUAAAAACCUCAUUGUGAGUAUAGUAGAUUGUAUAGCCCAGUAUCUGAUGAAAGAACUGGAUACAGAUGUAAGGUGGUCUCCUGGUAGAAGUGUUGAUUUAACAGAAUUAGUUCAGUUAAUACCAUCAGAUCAGCUGAAAUCUCUCAAAUCUGAAUGUGGUGGUCUACAGACUUUAUUAAAAAAUCAUCAUCACAUUUUCAAAGUACAAGGAGGAAAGGUGCAACUUCGCCAUCCCAAAAGUGUUGAUGAAAUAAACAAUGAAAUGAAAUCAAAGAAAUCUAAAGUGCAAAAAAUCCAACUCCAACAAAAACCAUGCUGGUUUUUCAGCAAUCACCCACAAGGAUGCCCACUGUCUGACAAAACUUGUAGCUUUUUACAUGAAAAUAAAAGAAUUUAAAACAUACAAAACAACUAUAAAUAUAUUUAUUUAAUUCAUAA